AUGACUGAGCAGCUCGGGCAGCGGGAGGAGCGGCAGCGGCCAGGCAGCCAGCUUCGCGAAGCCCUCGGCGCGCCGCCGUGGCCCGCAGGCCCCGGGCACGAGCCCGCCCCGGCAGCCACGCUGCCCACGGGGAAGGUCAGUUCCGCCGAGGGGGCGGCGAAGGAGGAGCCCGAGAGGAGAUCGGCGAGGUUGUCAGCCAAACCGGCUCCCGCAAAAGUGGAAACGAAGCCAAAAAAGGCAGCAGGAAAAGGUAAAUCUUCAGACAAAAGAGUACAAACAAAAGGGAAAAGGGGAGCAAAGGGAAAACAGGCCGAAGUGGCUAACCAAGGGACUGAAGGAAAGUUACCUGCAGAAAACGGGGGAACUAAAAACGAGGAGAGCCCAGCCUCUGAUGAAGCAGGAGAGAAAGAAGCCAAGUCUGAUUAA